AGAUGAUCCCAAGGAAUCAAAGAAGCUUCGCUUCAAGCCUGGGGGAAGGAAGACUCUUUCUUUCUCUUCUUCUCCAAAAAGUCGUCUUCUCUUUCGAUUCAAUUCAAUCCCCUCCGCGAAAUCAACGAAUUCAAUCUUCCGGAUUCCGAAACCCUAUUAUCACGCCCGGAUCCGAUCCCGUGACCGAUUUGAAUCUUGGGUUCAGAUGAUCACACACCGUUAGAAAUCUAGGGUUCGAGGUUUAGAUUACUGCGAUAAAUGUCGCGAUUCCCUCGUGGGUUCGUGGAGGAACCCGAGACGUCUCUUCGUCGUCCGAGUAUUUGCUUCAGGCCGAUAAACCCUUCUGAUUUAGAACGUCUGGAGCAGAUCCAUCGCGACUUGUUCCCAAUCAGGUAUGAGUCUGAGUUUUUUCAGAAUGUUGUUAAUGGUGGAGAUAUUGUCUCUUGGGCUGCUGUUGAUCGGAGCCGUCCCGAUGGGCAUUCUGAGGAGCUUAUUGGGUUUGUUACUGCCAAGUUCGUGCUUGCUAAAGAAAGUGAAAUAUCAGAUUUAAUUAGAUAUGACUCGUCCAAGGGAGAGGAGACAUUGGUGUACAUCCUAACGCUUGGAGUUGUAGAAACCUACAGAAAACUCGGAGUAGCUAAGUCGCUUAUUAAGGAGGUCAUCAAAUACGCUUCCAGUAUCCCCGUGUGCCGUGGUGUUUACCUUCAUGUGAUUGCACACAACAACCCCGCGAUCCGAUUGUACAAAAGAAUGUCUUUCAGAUGUGUAAGGAGGCUACAUGGAUUCUACCUAAUCAACGGCCAGCAUUUCGAUUCUUACUUGUUCGUCUACUUUGUCAACGGUUCUCGCUCUCCUUGCUCACCCUUAGAUCUUGUGGUGUUGGUUCUGAACUAUGUGAGGAGUGGGAUCAAAGUAGUGGCAUCAAAGCUGACAAUGAAGCACGAAGAGAAAGGCUUGAAAGGGGUUAAAUGCAAAGACAACAUGCGGUGUCUAUUGCCAACGCAGACCAAACGGAACCUUGCAUCAUCGGAAAGAGUAUCAUCAGGGUACGAUUACGUUUAGUGUUUUGUAUCUGGUUCAUUUCCACGUCUUCAUUAAGCUCUUUAUGUGAUCCUAAUAAUGUAAAUAUUGUGAUAAUCGAAAAAAACUUAUCUAAACAGAGGUGAUACAAUUAUAAUUAAGGCUUAUUGGGUGUGUUA